AUGCGUCGCCAUCCGUUCCUCUCGCUCUGCUUUCUUUCGCUCUCCUUUGUUCUCGCCAAUGCUCUCCAUUUCUAUCUCGAUGCCAACGAAAAGCGCUGUUUCAUUGAAGAGCUGCCAACGGACACCGUCGUCGAGGGUCAUUACCGUGCCCUCGAAUGGUCAGAGCCCCAGCAGACAUACAUAUCUGACGACAAACUUGGAAUACACGUUGAUGUCGAUGAAGUAGAAAGCGGUGAAUCCGUUGUCAGAACAAAAGGCCCAUCCGAAGGUCGCUUCACAUUCACGUCUCACGAUGCCGGAGACCAUUCGAUUUGUCUCUCGACCAACUACACAUCCUGGUUCUCCAGUACCCACAUUCGCCUUUACCUUGACAUCGUCGUCGGCAAUACUAAGGGCAACAUAGAGCAAGAUAGAUCGCAUGUCUCCGAGCUUGCAGCAAAAGUUCGUGACUUGAACCAAAAACUGGAGGAUAUCCGACGGGAGCAGCAGUAUCAGCGGGAGCGGGAGGCGGAUUACAGAAAUCUUAGCGAGGCGACCAAUGCGCGGGCCGUAUGGUACAGUGUGGCUCAGAUCAUGGUCUUAAUUCUUACUUGUGCAUGGCAGCUGCGACAUCUCAAGCAUUUCUUCGAAGACAGACAAAUGCGGUAG